AUGCUAAUUCGAAUUGAAUAUUUUUACAUUCUCGUAUUGGCUUUACCUAUUGCUACAGCAGAAGCUCCUGAUUUGAGUUGUGAAGAUAUUGUCGCAACAGAUAGUGGAAAUGUAAUGUAUACGCAAGCCAAUUAUGCAGUAAAACAUGCGCCAGGGACAACAGCGCUUAUGAUAUGCAAAUUUGGUUAUGUCAGCUCAUUCCCAUUUCUGGUCUUCUGCCAGAAAGAUGGCAAAUGGAACGAUAAACUUGGUGAAUGCAUAUUAACUAGUAAGACUUGUGAUCCUCAGAAUUCUCAGCACAACAUCAUUUACAUACCUCCAGGGACCUCUACUAAAUAUCCAUCAGGCACAUUUGCGAUGUUGCAAUGUUCUAUGGAUCAAGUGCCAAUUGGGCAAUCAUCUGCUAUGUGUUUGGACGGGAAAUGGACUGCAGAAUUAGGUGUCUGCAAGAAACUGCUUAAUGAUAAUAUUUCCAAUGUCAUAAUUAUUGAACCGAAGGCUAAAUCAGAUAACUUCAUCCAAUCACAUAGUACCGCACAAUUAGAAAAUAUGGCACCAACAAAUGCAGAACAUAUGGCACCAACAAAUGCGGAAAAUAUGACACCAACAAACGCGGAAAAUAUGAAACCAACAAGUGCAGAAAAUAUGACACCACCAAAUGCGGAAAAUACGACACCACCAAAUGCGGAAAAUAUGGCACCAACAAGUGCAGAAAAUAUGACACCAACAAACGCGGAAAAUAUGGCACCAACAGAUGCGGAAAAUAUGACACCAACAGACGCGGAAAAUAUGACACCAACAAACGCGGAAAAUAUGAUACCAACAAAUGCAGAAAAUAUGGCACCAACAAAUGCAGAAAAUAUGACACCAACAAACGCGGAAAAUAUGGCACCAACAAAAAAUAUGACACCAACAAAUGCGGAAAAUGCAACAUCAUUAGAUGUUUUUUUGAACGAGUUGGAUAUUGCUUCAAACAUGAGUUUGAAGAGUACAACCUCUCUAUUACAACUGAUAAAGAUGGAAAAAUUGGACAACGAAUCAGUUAAAAUGACGAUAUCUUCACUUUUAGCCAAUGACGAAGGCAAUGAAGAGGAUUUGGUACAUUCCUGA